AUGAACUCAACUGCAUCACACUCCCGCAAUGUCGACAACAACGCUUUUCACGGUAACACAACACUCCAUCAAGGCGAUAUUCACAAUGUGUUUAACUACGCCCGGGGGCGAAGAGAAACUCCACCACGGCCUUUCCCACUGAUCCCUUUUAAUCGCGACCCGGACUUCGUUAGCCGUAGAGACAUUCUCGACCAAAUUUCCGCACGCUGCUUGGACCCGGCUGGUCGAGUGGCCCUCGUGGGCCUUGGCGGUGUUGGCAAAUCGCAACUGGCUAUCGAAUUCGCCUAUAGAUUCGCUGAAGAGCAUAGUGAUGUCCGGCUGUUCUGGAUCCACGCAGCUACACAAGCGCGUGUUGAAGAAGGUUUCAAGUUGAUUGCCGACGCCAUCAGGUUGCCUGAGCGGAAACAACACAAGGCUGAUAUACCUCUUCUUGUGCGAAAAUGGCUUUCCAUCGAACACAACGGCAGAUGGGUUAUCAUCCUUGAUAGUGCCGACGAAAGCGAGGUGCUCUAUAGCGCAAAUGAAAAUGGUCAUGGGAAACGGUCAUUAGCGGCAUACAUUCCCAAGAGCCGGAAUGGAUCCGUUCUCGUUACCACGCGCAACAGAAGCCUUGCUUCUAAGCUGACUGGAGGCUAUAAGAAUAUAAUUGAAGUUGAUCCGAUGACAGAGGCGGAUGCGCUCGCCCUCUUAGAGAAGAAGAUGGGAUCCACUACGGAUAUCGGCUUGGCAAAAGAUCUGGUGAAAACACUGGACUAUAUACCGCUGGCUAUUAGCCAGGCUGCUGCCUAUAUACAAGCGAGAAAGCCACGAAGUUCGAUUGAAAAAUACCUCGUCGAGUUUCGGAAAAGCGAGCGGGAAAGCACGAGACUUUUGAAGUAUGAAGCAAAUGAUGUAGGCCGGGACGAAGAAGCAUCUAACGCAGUUCUGAGAACGUGGAUGAUAUCAUUCGACCACAUUCGCUCACAGCAACCCUCUGCAGCAGAUCUUUUGUCACUCAUGAGUUUCUUCGAUCGACAGGGCAUUCCCCAGUGGGUGCUUAUUGAUUCCAGGACGCUAAGCGAUAGUCUAGACUCAGAAUCCGAUGCUGAGUACUUAGACGAUGCUGGAGAGUACUCAAAUUCUGAGUCUGAGGCUGACGAUGAUUCCGAUAGUGAUAUAAAUGGCAGGUUUGAAGAAGAUAUAUUGAUUCUGAGAAACUAUUGCCUUAUUACCGUGAAUGAAGAAGGCGACAAAUUCGAGAUGCAUAGACUCGUACAACUGUCCAUCAAAGGUUGGCUGAAAGCUGUUGGCCUGCAAGAGACGUUCAUGCAGCAGUAUAUUACACGGAUGGCAGCGUCAUUCCCAACAGCAAAAUAUGAGAACUGGGCUAUUUGUCGGGACCUCUUCGCACACGUUCAGGUCGCCCUUGAUUACCGUCCGAACGUGGAUACCCUAGCAGACUGGGCGACUCUGUUUUAUAGGGGAGGAGAUUAUGCGUAUGAACAAGGGCAAUAUGAAAUUGCAGAGCAAAUGGUAAACAAAUCUAAGAAGGCGCGCAAGAGGAAGUUUGGAAAGGAUGAUGAGGGGACUUUACAAAGUAUUUCGUUAUUGGCAUCUAUAAUAUCAGAGCAGGGCCGUUGGGAUGAAGCUGAGAAGCUGCAGGUGCAAGUCGUGGAAACUUACAAAACGAAGUUCGAGGCCAACUAUCCAAAAAGGUUUACAGCCAUGGGCCACCUUGCAUUAACAUACUGUCAUCAAGGCCGAUGGGAUGAGGCUGAAAGGCUUCAGGUGCGAGUAAUGAAGGUUCGCAGGGCUGGGAUUGGGCCCAAGCAUCCAGAUACGCUUACAAGCAUGCACAACCUUGCAAUAACAUAUUGGAACCAAGGCCGAUUAGAUGAGGCUGAGAAGCUAGAAGUGCAAAUAUUAGAGACGCGCAAGACUACGAUUGGAGCCGACCACCCAGACACACUAAGCAGCAUGAAUAAUCUCGCAGUUACCUGGGAGAAGCAAGGUCGACGUGAAGAUGCUCUGGCGCUAAUGAAAGACUGUAUCCAGGCCCGCCAGAGAGUCUUAGGCCUACAGCAUCCAGAGACCUUGGGUUCCUCAAAAUGGCUAGAAAUAUGGAGCAAGGAUAGCGAAUAA